AUGUCCACUCUCGCUGAAUCCGCCGCUGCUCCGGUACAUGUGCCGCGCGUACCCAUCCCACCUCGAGGCGUCGAUUAUCGCGGCAAAAUUGUCCUCGCCCCCAUGGUUCGCUCGGGCGAACUCCCCUCACGCCUGCUAGCCUUGCAUUACGGUGCAGACCUGGUCUGGGGCCCUGAGACUAUCGACCGAGCCAUCAUCGGCGCCGAACGUCGUGUGAACCCGCGCAACGGAACCAUCGAGUUUACCCGAGUCCCAUCGAAUGGCGGCCGCGCGGAAAAGGCCGUCAAAGAAUCAGUCAUCUACCGCCUCGACCCGGAGCGCGAGAAGGGCAAGCUCGUCUUCCAGCUGGGAUCUGCCAAUCCGGAUCUCGCCGUUCAGGCCGCCAAGGUGGUUGCGCCUGAUGUGUGGGGGAUCGAUCUCAACUCGGGGUGUCCCAAGCCGUUCAGUACCAGUGGUGGUAUGGGCGCCGCUCUGCUGAGAACCCCGGACAAGUUGGUUUCCAUCCUGGAGGCCCUGGUUCGUGAAGUUGGCGAGCCGUACCAGAUCGGUAUCUCGGUCAAGAUUCGCAUCUUGGAAACCCCCGAGCUGACCGAGGCGCUGGUCUCCCGUCUUGUUCGGACUGGUAUCACAGGACUGACGGUCCACUGUCGCACGACGCCGAUGAGACCUCGUGAGCGUGCCAUUCGCGACCAGCUCCGUAUGAUCGCCGAUAUUUGUCACAAGGCCGGCGUGGCGUGCGUCAUGAACGGCGACGUCACCUCCCGCGAUCACGGGUUGAAGCUCAUGGAGGAAUUUGGCGUCGAUGGAGCGAUGAUCGCUGUCUCCGCCGAAGCGAACUCGUCUUGCUUCCGGACAGAAGCCGAUGGGGGUCUUGCUCCCUGGCGUGACGUCGUCCACCAGUACCUCAAAUUUUGCAUCCAGAGCGAGAACCGCUACGGAAACACCAAGUAUCUGCUCAACAUGCUGAUCCCGGGCAAGGCGCAAGAUUUCAAGGAGGCCAAACUGUCCAAGACCUACACCGACGUUUGCCGCCGUCUUCAGUUCGAUGAUUUAGUGCCCCAGGCCAUGCAGCUCGAUGAGAUCCUGGACUUGACACACAAGCAAGAGAUUAACGUUGCAGCACAGCCCGCCGCCUCAAAAGCCGUGCAGAAUGCCAAGGACAACAAUGAAUCUGCCCGUGCUGCCGGGGGCAAUAACACAAGACCCAGCAAGGCCAAUGGCUCUUCCACGUCCAACGCUGGCCCCGUGCGCACCUCGUCUUUUCCACAGCCAGCGAAGCCAGCAAACCCCCCUCCUAUGACUCAGACAAACACUCCGUCCGCCGUCGAUCCAUCAGUUCCAGCUUCAGAAGUUCCACAGCAAUCUGGAGUCACGGUCUGA